UUAAAUCAUAGAGGGCGACACCUAACCUGAAAAUUUAUUUUUAUUUUGAAUAUUUAUGGAGAUUCUUAACAUUUUUUAUAUUUUUUUAAUAACAUUUAGAAAUUAAAGAGUAUUUUCUGUCACAGAUAAGCAAAUAUUUAUAUAAAAAAUCAUGUAGACAUAUGCUGGUAAUAAUAAUUGUAUUGUUAUUUCUUUAUGUUGUAAAAUGAUAUUUCGUAAUGAAUAUUGAUAAAGAUAAAAAUUACAAUAGAAUGUAGUCAGAAAAAUAAGCAGUAUUUAUAAAGAUGUUGUACAGGCAUGAGUUUAUUUCAAGGAACAUUAUGAUUUUAAAUUUAGUUCGCAAAUAUUCAGUAGAUGUUAUUAAAAGUAAUGUUGAUCUUCACUCGCCAAAGUUUCUUGAAAAUUAUAAUUCUAUGACAAAUCUACUCAGUACCCUUCAAAAAAAGACUGGAUCUGUUUUACAAGGGGGUGGAAAAAAGGCAGUCUCAAAGCAUACAGGAAAAGGCAAACUAUUUGUUCGUGAUAGAAUAAAUCUUCUUUUAGAUAAGAACACAGCAUUUUUAGAACUAUCUGCACUCGCUGCAAAUGAUAUGUACAAUGCAAACAUUACUUCAGCAGGUAUAGUUACAGGAAUAGGUAAAGUCCAAGGACAUGAAUGCAUGAUAGUGGCAAAUGAUGCAACAGUCAAAGGAGGAACUUAUUAUCCUAUAUCAGUUAAAAAACAUUUAAGAGCUCAGGAAAUAGCUCAGCAAAAUAACUUACCCUGUAUAUACUUGGUUGAUAGUGGAGGAGCGAACUUACCACACCAGUCAGAAGUCUUUCCUGAUAGAGAUCAUUUUGGAAGGAUUUUUUUUAAUCAAGCUCUAAUGUCAUCUCAAGGAAUACCACAGAUUGCAGUAGUUAUGGGACUUUGUACUGCCGGAGGGGCUUAUGUUCCUGCAAUGGCUGACGAAUCUAUAAUUGUGAGAAAUCAAGGAACAAUUUUUUUGGCUGGACCCCCAUUAGUGAAAGCUGCAACUGGGGAACAGGUUUCAGCUGAAGAAUUAGGAGGUGCUGCUUUGCACUGUUCUGUAUCUGGUGUAACCGAUCACUAUGCAGUGAAUGAUAAUCAUGCAAUAGAAAUAGCCAGAUCCAUAAUUAAAAAUUUAAACAAGAAGCCUAUCAAUUCAUUUUCAAGUAAUUUUAACUCGCCUUUGUAUAGUGCUGAAGAGUUGUACGGAAUUAUAGAUCUGGAUAUUACGAAACUUUUUGAUAUUAGAGAAGUUAUAGCCAGAAUAUUUGAUGGUUCUGAAUUUGAUGAGUUUAAAAAAAAAUAUGGUGAAACUCUUGUAUGUGGUUUUUCUAAACUUUAUGGUAAAACAGUGGGAAUUAUUGGUAAUAAUGGAGUCCUGUUCUCAGAAAGUGCCUUGAAAGGGGCUCAUUUUAUACAGUUGUGUUGUCAGAGACGUGUUCCUAUAAUAUUUCUUCAAAACAUCACUGGUUUCAUGGUAGGAAAACAAGCAGAAACUGGUGGUAUAGCAAAAAAUGGAGCAAAGCUGGUCACUGCUGUUGCUUGUGCUGUAGUUCCUAAAAUUACUCUUAUUAUUGGAGGUUCAUAUGGCGCAGGAAAUUAUGGUAUGUGUGGCAGGGCCUAUUCCCCAAGAUUUUUGUAUAUGUGGCCAAAUGCUAAAAUCUCAGUCAUGGGUGGUCCUCAAGCAGCUGGAGUUUUGUCUCAAGUAGCAAGUAAUAACAAAAAUUGGACCACAGAAGAAAAAGAACAAUUUGAAACACCAAUUAUUGAGCAGUUUGAUCAAGAAGGAUCUCCUUAUUUUAGUACAGCCAGAAUAUGGGAUGAUGGUGUAAUUGACCCAAAAGACAGCAGAAAAAUCCUAGGACUUAGUUUGGCUGCAGCUUUAAACAAUAAGAUUAACAAAACUGAAUUUGGUAUUUUCCGAAUGUAGAUAUUUAAACAAACAUAAAUUUCAUAACUUGUUUAUAUUCUUUUUACAUAUUAUUAUUAAAUAUAUCGGUAUACCAAUAUAUCUAGCAAUAUGCCAUA